AUGCCUUCACUUGGCUUUCUGAAAAAGAAGAGGAACAGGGACAGCAACCCCGACCCCUCUGCCUCCAACCCCACCAGCCCUGUUGCCGCAACGAUUCCAUCGCAGCCUUUCGACUCGUCGCAGCAAUCGCAGCCUUCCUCCGUGUCACAGGGAGCAAUUGCCCCAAGAGCAGCAGCUUGUGACGCUUUGAAUCAGACCUCGUCACCGGCACCUGCCCAAUCGCAGUCAUCGCCGCCGGCCCCGCAACAGCAGCAACAGCAGAAGAUGGAUUUCACAAACGCCCAAGGUGGCACUGGCACUGUCUUUGUCGCUCCAGUACCCUUGCAAGCGAGCCAAGCCAGCUCUCAGAACCUUCCUGCCAUCAGCAAUCUUAUUCACCAACCUCAAAAUGGCGCAUCUUCAAACAAUUACCCUUCUGCGUCCUUUGAUCCCGCUGUCCUAGGUGCUCAAAUCAGCCAUCCUCCCAGUACCAGCCCCGGAACAAAUCCUGCUCGCUUGCAACAGCAACAGCAACAGCAACAGCAACAAGCCUAUUCACAACCAACCAUGCAACCCCAAGACAGCCCUGACCAGUUGUCGGAUCGAGAGCAGCAGCAACAGCAGCAGCAACAACCACAAGAACAACAAUACCAACAUCCGCAACUCCAUCAGCUUCAAUUGCAGGAGCAGCAGCAACAACGACAUCAACAACACGAGCAACGCCCCCACCAUCAGCAUCAGGGAAGUGUCAGCCGUGCGACAAAGGGCAAAUAUUCCUUGGGUGACUUCGACAUCCUAAGGACACUCGGAACUGGUAGCUUCGGCCGAGUGCAUCUAGUUCAAUCGAAGCAUAAUCAACGAUUUUACGCAAUCAAGGUCCUCAAGAAAGCUCAGGUCGUCAAGAUGAAGCAAGUAGAACAUACGAAUGAUGAACGGCGUAUGCUGAGUGACGUGAAACAUCCAUUUUUGAUAACUCUCUGGGGCACUUUUCAAGACUGGAAGAAUCUAUACAUGGUCAUGGACUUUGUGGAGGGCGGAGAGCUUUUCUCGCUGCUGAGAAAGUCAGGACGGUUCCCCAACCCUGUUGCCAAAUUCUACGCGGCCGAAGCUACGUUGGCAUUAGAAUACUUGCACUCCAAGAACAUUAUAUAUCGAGAUCUCAAACCCGAAAAUUUGCUGUUGGAUCGGCACGGCCAUCUCAAAAUCACUGAUUUUGGCUUCGCCAAGAAAGUUCCGGACAAGACUUGGACUUUGUGUGGCACGCCGGAUUACCUUGCGCCCGAGGUUGUCUCUAACAAAGGAUACAACAAGUCGGUAGACUGGUGGUCGCUCGGUAUCCUAAUCUACGAAAUGUUGUGUGGUUACACGCCGUUCUGGGACAGUGGAUCGCCGAUGCGUAUAUACGAAAACAUUCUCAAGGGCAAAGUCAAGUAUCCGGCCUACAUCAACGCCGACGCGCAGAAUCUCUUGGAGAGGCUGAUUACGGCCGACCUCACCAAGAGGUUAGGCAAUCUAUACGGCGGCUCGCAAGACGUCAAGAGUCACCCCUGGUUCGCAGAAGUUACUUGGGAUCGGUUGGCUCGAAAGGACAUUGAUGCGCCGUACGCGCCACCAGUCAAGGCUGGUACAGGAGAUGCCAGCCAGUUUGAUAGAUACCCCGAAGAUCCCGAGAAGUACGGGGGCGCAGGUGGGCAGGACGAACAUGGACACUUGUUUACUGAUUUCUGA